UUGCUUCCGCUUGGUAUGGAAUGUGAAACUGUAAAUAUUUUUAUUUAAAAUGACUGAAAUACAAUAAAAAUGAACAUUAUAUAAUUUGAAGUGAUAAUGUUAAACUACGAAGUCAAGUUUCUUACUUGCGACGAUUCAGUGCACUUGAAAAACGGAGACUUCAAAAGUUACAAAUAUGAAACCAAGAAGAGAGUGGAUGAGUCGGUAUACGAUGCCGGGAAAAGGAGUUAUUGUGAGAGAAGAGGUGGAAACUGGCGAGCACCGCGGCCAAGGCAUAUGCGGCAGCUUGAGUCCAAACUCCGGGACCGGAGCGUGGUGUUCUGCGACUGGACAACCGACACACUGAUCACGAUCGUAUUCUCAACCGGUGCCAUUGCCUACCUCACUAUCAAACCUGAAACUUUAGAUGUAACACAGAUCCUGUUUGAUAGGUACUGUGUAGGGAAACUCUCAAGCCAAGCCGUUACUGGUGUUGUGCUAUGUAAGUCACACUUACUGUUCGCACAUGCAGACCGAUCAGCUACGUUAGUUAGCUUCGGUAAAACAGUGAAUACUCAACCAUGCCGCAUCUCAGACAGAGACCCACACUUACAGAUCUUGGAGCUAGGCGGAGGCGGUCGCAGAGCCGAGCGACGAGUGUCAUGGCGGGAGAAUGCGGCGGGCGCGCGCGUGCUGCUGUGGGCGGGCGGCGGCGCUGAGCCCGCGCCCUGGAGCCCCGCGCUGGAAGACCUCGCUAAUUUGCAUCUCUACCAGCUGCACGGACAACAAGUAACAUUGCUGGCAUAUCACCAGUUGGAGAAUGAGACCCUCUCUGCUGAGUUGGCACAUAAGUGUGACAAUAUUAUUCAUAUUGUGGAGCAGGUGGCCAAUCAUAAGACUGGCGUGGCGCUAGACUGGAUCCGCUAUGAAAUGCCCAGCGGCGAGGAGAGGACAGAGCGCACCAAGUUAUCGUCACUACGAGAAAGUGUGACGCGCGCGUCGCUGCCGGCGCCUGCGCGGGUGACGCAGCGCUCGCAGUGCGACGGGAAACUGUUGGCCGCGUGUAUUGACGGCUCCAUACAUGUGGUGCAUCAUAUAGCUGGACUCACGCAUUCCACGAGGGCUGGCUUUAUAGCGACUGACGUGCGGUGGACGGGCGACAUAGUGGUAGCGACGGAGGAGGCUGGCCGGCUGCAGAGCUUCGACCGCGCGCUGGCGCUGCUCAAUCACCACGCCAAGUGCCUCGACUUCACCUCCUACUUCAGAGAUUCGAGGCGACUGCAGAUCUUAGCCACCAAGCCGUCUCGAGGCGGUCCGCUCGUGUUGGCUUCAUUCUCCGGUGGGCCGCUCACCCUGCUACGUAUCAUGCACCCACGAUUGUUGACUGCGUGGGUGCGUGCAGGGCGCACGGGUAACGCGGUGUCGUUGCUGCGAGCUUUGGACUGGGAGGCGGAGGGCACGGAGGGGUUGUGGUGUAUCAAUCGCAUCGUGUGUGCCGCGCUGAGGGCCGGCCUGCAGGGAGCAGCUGGCGAGGCGGCGGCGCAGGCGGCGCUGGGCGCGUACCUGGCCCCCGCGGCGCCGCACGGGCCGCAGGCGGAGCGCCUGGCUCCGGCGGUCCAUGACCUCGCGAGAAAGUUCUUCCAUCAUCUACUCAGACGCGGUCGCGUGGAGAAGGCCCUCAGCCUGGCGGUGGACCUGGCGGACUGGGACCUGUUCGUAGACGCGCGCUGCGCCGCCGCCCGCCGCGCGCUACCCGCGCUCGCGCACGAGGCUGCUGCGCUCGCCGCGCACUACGCGCACGCGCACGAAUCAGACUGCUCCGACUCAUGUUCGCAAUGCAGCUCGCAUUCGUACUCUGGUUCAGAGGUGACGACGAGCGCGUCCUCCGAAGGCCCGGCCACCAAGCCGCCGCCGCUGCCGCGCGUGCCCCAACCCACCAUCAUGCCCGUACACACACACUCCGAGCCAAUAUCCACCAACAGCAUCCGACCGAACCUCCACCAAUACCUAGAAAGAGACAACACUAUAUGGAACACAGCUGUUAGAGACGACACGCACGUCAACGGAUACAAUGACCUCAAACCCAUUCUCAGUCAAAGCAUGAAGUGUCACAGCGUCGACAACGUGCUAUCGAGCUAUAAGCAGAACUCAAAGCAUACUCUCUUACCUAUAAGCGAGACAAAGUCCCAUCUAAUGCCUCACGACGAUAGAAUGACUCCGGCCCAUUUCAGACACUUACUCCAAACAGAACUAAGAGAAGAUGUGCCAAAUACACUGUACCGUUACCAAAGCACGAACAAUUUUUUUCCAAGCACAAGUGUUAGCAGACAAUAUAGACACGAUGGCGACAUCCCUGAGAGAACGAGUCGCGCCGGAGAGAAGAACAAAGUUAAAUUCUCGGAUACCGUUACCAUUGCUGUUAUGCCGCCGCCCCCCGCGCCCGCGUGCCCGUCCCCGGCGCGCGAGCUGGCGGCCAGCCUGCCGCUGUGCGCGCCGCACCGCUACCUGGCUGCCUUCGCGCCGCACCCGCCGCCCCACGCCACACACGCCACCCACGCGACACACGCCACCCAUGCGCCGCCCGGUACUCCGCUAGACUACGUCGAAGUGUGACACACCGCAUGCCUGCACGAUGCACAUAAAAUUCCGUUCAAAAACCGCCUAAAAUAAAAGUCGUCCAUUUUGGCAUGGUAUAGUAAUAAUACCUUUGAGUGACCGAAAUCGUAUCCGUCCAUUUACAUAGCAUUUACGCGUACAUUAGAGAAAGCCAGAAAUGUGUAUUUUUAUAUAAAUAUGUCCAAUAAGUAUAAUUAUUUACUCAAAUAACAACAAAUCUUAGUAUUGUAAAAUAUUGCUAUAAAAUAUAUUUUUAUACAUUAUAUAAGGGUGUAUACCAUCCAUAUUUUUACAAUAUCUG